AUGCAAGAGCAGCAAUACCAACAUCACCACAUUCCAUUGAUGCAAUCAAGAACAUGUGGAGAGUCCAAGAAGAGAAGAAGAUUGGGCACUUGUAAGCUUUGUUGGAGAACAAAUCCAAGACCCAAGAAAGUGCAAGAAGGCAAUGGAGAAGGUGAACAUGAACCUUGUGUGAAGAUGGACACCCCAACCCUUGACCUUCUCAAGAUAAGAGAUGAUGUCACAUGGUACAUAAGGAAGCUUGGCUUGAGCAAGCUAUUCAAGAUAGAGUGCAGUGAGUACUCAAUGCUAACAAAGGAGUUCCUCUCCACAGUAGCUCUUGCCUUUCCCAACCACAAUGGAGACCAACCAGCUGGUGAUGGACUCCUAUUCUUCAAGAUAGGCGAUGCCAAUGGGCGCAUCUCCAUCUCAGCUCUAUGCCAACUCUUUGGACUUCCCAAUGAGACAGCACAUGACUUCAAGGAGAACUCAAAGAGGAAACAAGCUGCCUUUGCUGAUUGGACACACUUUGCCAAUGAACCAUUCUUGCCUUCAAGAUCAAAGGUGUCUAGAAUCACUCAUCCAGCCAUUCGCUAUGUGCACCGCCUCAUCUCCACCACUUUCCAAUGCAAACAAGAAGCCAACAAGGUCACAACCGAUGAGUUCUACAUCCUCACCACACCAUUCAUCAAGCAUGAGUACAAGGCCAACCUUGGCCUUUUACUUGCCAAGACACUUCAUCAAUGUGAGGAAUCUAGCUCAAGACUUGGAAGGCAACAAGAAGCUUUGUGUUCGCUUUGGGAGACUUAUCACAGCCAUAGUACAACAUGUGGGGAUUGA